AUCGAGAAGAGAAGACACAAUUGUAAAAAAAAAAAACAAAAACCAUUUGUUUGACGAUCGUCUGCAAUCGUUUUUCUUUUCUUUUCAAUCUCAUAACCAAAUUUCCCGAGAAAAAGUUUUGACUUUCCCGGAAAAAUCUCUUUCCUUUCAUUCGAAAAUCUACUGAAUUGUUUCUCUGUUCUUCUGUGUUUUUUUUCCCCUCAUUUUAUGGCUUUACCUUUUAUUCUUUUACCUUCUCUUGAUUGAUCUGACUUCAAGAUUAGAAAUCUCGACGCGUGGCUUCAAUUUUUUCUUAGAGAAUCACAUUAUAUAUAUAAAAAAACGGAAAACAAUAUUCGAUCUUUGCUUACUCAUUGUCUGUCUUCUCGAUUGUAAUCGUUUUCUCCAUACAUUUUUUUCUUGAAAGAAUCCAUCUUUUCUUUUUUGGUUUUGGUUUUGGUUUUGCUUGUCCCUUAAAUUCAGCCUCCAUACAUAACGUCAAAGCUCAGAUAUCUGAAUAACUCGCUUGCGUGCCUCUUUCUCUAAAAGCCCAUCUCUUUCUUCUCCUCCAUUGAAGAAGAAACCUUCAUAAUAUUUCUCAAUUACGAUCAUGGUGAAUGGUAAAGGGUCAACAAAAAAAUCGAAUCUUGAUCGAUUCCUUCAUUGCAUAACACCCUUAGUGCCACCCCAAUCUCUCCCCAAGGCGGAGAUUAGAACCCUAAAUCGAUUGUGGCAUCCAUGGGAGAGAGAAAAGGUUGAGUUUUUCAGGUUGAGUGAUUUGUGGGAUCGUUAUGAUGAAUGGAGCGCUUAUGGAGCUAGCGUCCCUAUUCAUAUUACCAAUGGAGAAUCUCUUGUUCAAUACUAUGUUCCUUAUCUUUCUGCCAUCCAGAUUUUCACCUCUCAUUCCUCCUUGAUCCGAUUAAGGGAAGAGUCUGAAGAUGGGGAAUGUGAGGGUAGAGAUCCGUUUAGCGAUUCAGGUAGCGAUGAGAGUGUCUCUGAGGAAGGACUUGAAAACAACACGCUCUUGCAUCCAAAUGAUCGUUUGGGUUAUCUUUAUCUCCAAUACUUUGAGAGAUCAGCUCCUUAUACCAGAGUUCCUCUGAUGGAUAAGAUCAAUGAAUUGGCUCAAAGAUACCCUGGAUUGAUGUCGUUGAGAAGCGUUGAUCUUUCUCCAGCAAGUUGGAUGUCGGUAGCGUGGUACCCGAUUUACCAUAUACCAAUGGGAAGAACCAUUAAAGACUUAUCCACUUGUUUCCUCACUUAUCACACUCUUUCCUCUUCUUUCCAAGAUAUGGAACCGGAAGAAAAUGGUGGGGACAAGGAGAGGGUGCGGAGGGAAGGGGAAGAUAUAACUCUGCUCCCAUUUGGGAUGGCUACUUACAAGAUGCAAGGCGAUGUUUGGCUUUCGCAGGACCACGAUGAUCAAGAGAGAUUGGCUUCGCUUUAUAGUGUUGCAGAUUCUUGGCUAAAACAGCUUAGGGUCCAACAUCAUGACUUCAACUACUUCUGCAGUAUGUCAAUGACUCAUCGUGGCUAAAACUCGGUUCGAUGACACCAUGAUGUUUGCUUGUUUCCUCAUAUAUAGUCUAAUUCUUGCUUUGUUCUGGAACCUCUUGCGUUUUGUAAAACGCAAUCGAGCGAUUCGCUUUGCAGUGUUUUGUUUAGAAUAGCGUUUUGAGUCUUCUAACCUUUGAGAGUAUAUGUCGUACAUAGAGUUUGUUGCUUGUUGAAACAGAGUAAUUGAUGUUGCUUGUUAAAAACAGAGUGAUUGUUUCUUAUAAGUUGAAACAUGGUGGAGAGAGAA